AUGUUUUUUGCAAAGCUUAAUAAACCAGACAAAUCAGGGUCUUCAUCUGAAAAACCAGCUCCAAAAUUACAGUCUUCAUCUGUGAAAAUAAAAACAGUUAAAAUCAAGCGCGCUGUGCCACCGAAAUCUAUUCCUAGCUUAACGUCUGCAGAUCCAUUGUCUACCAAUUCACGUUUUGCACGUUAUUCAGGUUCCCCAGAAUCAAGAUCUGGAUCUUCAACGCCUAAGCGUCAUCUAAAUGACAGUAAAAACAAUAACAAUAAUCAAAACAGUGACGAAGAAAGCAGUAGUAGCGCUCACAGCAGAAAGAUACGAAGGCGAUCUUCAUCAGCAUCUUCCAAAGGGAAGCAGACAAGAGGCACAACUCGACGGGGAAAUAGAACUCCUGAUUUGUCUCGAUUCAAUAGAGCCACGAGCGAUGAUGAUGAAAUAGAUGACAGUAACUGGGAGGCACAGAUUCGAAGAUUUAGUUCCUCGACACGUCUUGCUGAUUCCAAUAGUGGAACCGUAUCGCCAGCACCUUCGGCGGGUUCAAAUUCUCAACACCAACAAAAAACUCGUGAAUUUUACUCUGGGAUUUUAGAUAAAAAAUCAGGGCCAUUAAAUAUUAUUCAUGCGAAAAAGCUUGUAGAAUUUGCAGAGUACACUCCACUUUUCAAAAACAAAAAGGAUUUUGAGUAUACGUUAGCAAUGCCGUGUACAUGGUUCAGAGAAAGAUAUAUGGCAGCAAUACCUAAAUCAGCCGAUGAAUUCAACCCUGUUUUUGAAACAGAGCGAAUAAUGGAGCUGGUGGCAAAUUUUUUUGUCCCAGAGAAUUAUACGUCAUUAAUUAGACAUCCAUCAUUAGAGGAUUGUAUUGUUCGGCGAUAUCGUCGUGCUGUUAAAAAUAAAGACCCUGAUGCUUUUCUAAAAAGCGUUGAAGAGUAUAAUACACUGAUUGACAAACUUCGAUCUGAUGGAGCGAUUGAUACACACCUUUUACAGCAACAGGAAACCAGAUGGGGUGGAAAUAUUAACACACUUCCUUUGCCAAUUUCGCGUCUUAUUUUGGACCAAGUUUAUACACGAGUUGUUUCACCUGUGACUGAUAGUCUUCGAGAUUAUAAGGCAUUCUCUAAUAAUGUUUAUGGAGAAUUGCUGCCAGUGUUCAUGACUCGAAUAUUUAAAGAAACCGGCUUGGAAGCUGAAAUGAAGUUUAUUGAUCUAGGAUCUGGCGUUGGAAACUGCGUUCUGCAAGCUGCACUAGAAAUUGGAUGCGAAAGUUGGGGAUGUGAAAUGAUGAAAACCGCGUCACAACUGGCGGCAAAACAAAAAGAAGAAAUUGAAGAGCGGGUGAAGAUGUAUGGAAUUUCGGUAGGAUUAGUUGAGGUGCGAUCGGCGGACUUUGUUCACAAUGACGAAAUACACAAACAAAUUUCUGAAGCUGAUGUGUUGUUAGUCAACAAUUAUGCGUUUGAUGGUAAACUCAACAGUCACCUUCUAGAUAUUUUUCUUGACCUUAAAGAAGGGGCACGCAUUAUUUCAUUAAAAUCAUUUGUACCACCAGGCCAUGUCAUUUCUCAGCACAACAUUCAGUCACCUGUAAACCUGCUUCGAGUGGAGCCUAAAGAGUUUCCAACCGGGAGUGUCAGUUGGACAAUGGCCAGUGGAAGAUAUUAUUUAUCAACUGUUGAUCGCACAAGGCUAGAUAAGUUUUUGAAAGAUCAUGGGAUGAUUUGA